CAGAUGAUGCACGGAGUCCAGGAAGGGAGCGGCGGAUGGGAAGUAUCUGGGCGUGUCCAUUGAGGAGAAAUUGCCGAAGUUGACGCUGGGCAGGUGCAGUGGGAAGGGCAUGAGGAGGUGGCUUGAGGACGUGCGCCGCUGUGGGUAGAUGUCGAAUGGCGAGGGCGUGUGAAGAGUGAGAUUCCCAGCUCCUGAGCACGAUCUUGGCGCUCUUUCGUGCUGAACGGCUGGAAGAAUUCAAAAAUUUACAAAAAUUCUAUCAUUUUUCCGCGCGGCGAAGAAACAUCGCGUCAACAUUGUGAAUGUCAGUUUGGUGCGUUUUUGGCCGGCAUGAAAACAAUUCUCUCGUGUUUCCUCAAAAUUUCCUUCUGUUCUGUGUGAAUCUCAACAAGUUCUAGUGCAAAAAUGGUUCUGGACAUCUCGGCAGCGAUUGAGGAGUUGAAACCGGCGAAGUUUGUUCCGGUGCAGGAAGCAGAUGAUGAGGAGUGUAGGAUUUACGUGGGCAACAUUCCCAAGGAACUUCGUCCGAAGGGAUUUAAGAACUUGUUCAUGAAAUUCGGGGAAAUCGUCAAUUUCUACUAUUCUCCAGACAAUCGAUGGGCUUUCGUGGCGUACGCGUCGAAAGCGGAGUGCGAAGUCGCCAUCACGAGACUCAAUGGGGUGUUCGGGAUGAGGACGCAAUUCUGGAGGAACAAGGAGGCGGAAGAGGAGGAAAUGAUCGAAGCGAUUCCUUUCGUGCCGUGCGAAGGCGACAAUGAGGCUGAGAAAAAAGUAACGCCAUUCAAUCUUCCCACUUUUGCAUACGAAUUUCCUCCUCUGCCGAUCACCGAAGAGGACUACAAGCAUCCAGAGAUGAUGAAGUUUGACCCCAAGAAGGAGUUCCUGCUGACGCACGAUAUGUUUUGGGUGAAGAGACUCGACAGGGAGCAUCAGAAGACGGACAAAAUGGAGAAGAGAGACAAUUCAGGAGUUGAAGUAUUUUCUCACGGCGAAGCUGCCGAUGUGAAGGAAUUUUCCGUAAAGAAUUGUAGCAAUUGCAUGACGAGAAAGAGCAUAUACAGGAAUGGGAAGUGCUCAGUGAAUUGCCAGCCUUGGGAAUUAACUGCCGGCUUUCCCGAAAGCAAGUCACUUGUGAUUGUGACUGCGAUUUUCAAUCCACGAGAGCUUUUCCUGCGUUCUCUCGCCCCGGCGGCCAACAAGGACUACUUGAAGCUGAUGAACGAGGCACAGAAGCUGGGUAAAAGUGCCAAAUAUCUCUCAAAUCCGCCCAAACCGCAUUCCAUGGCCUUGACGAGGAGAGGGAAAAUCUUCACGAGGGCUUUUGUUGUCUCUCAUGAUGCCUCAUCGAGUUUGUCAACAGUUAUUCUGGUGGAUUUCGGAGAGAUCAAGAAGAUUCCUUGGACAGAACUGAUGGAGAUCAGCGCUGAAUUGGCUGCGCAGCCUCGCUUCGUGUUCCGCUGCAAUCUCAAGGAUGUCAAGGCUCUGGAGUAUAACAACAGACUGAAGGACGCCAUCAGUAGGAGUGAAGGAACAAUGCAGAUCUUCUGGGAUGAUUUUGACGAUGAAUCAAUUCCAGAGGUGACUUUGAAGGCAUACAACACUGGUGAGAUCGUCAAUGAGCAGUUCAGGAGUCUCCUCAGGAGAACAGUGAGCGAAAUCACGCUGGAAACUCACUCUCUCAACAAUCUCAAGGAAACUGAUAUAACGCCAUCGAAUAAUGUGGAAAUUAUCGUCCUGGACAACUCUAGACUCGACCGCGGAUUGAUCACUUGUGCAAUCUACACGCAGUACAUUGAGUUCCUGCAUCAGUGGGAAGUGAUGCAGACGCAGUGCGAGAAUCUGGGCGAGAAGUUUGUGCCGCUGCCGCAGAAUAUGUGCCUCGUGAGACUGGAUGAGGACAAUAAGUGGCACAGAGCCAUUUGCGAGAGCACCAAUCGGCACAGGAUUCUCAAUAUUGUGCUGAUGGACUGCGGAUUGUCGGGAUCUAUUCACACCAGCAACUCUCGAAAGCUUCCUGUGGACUUUGACUUCCCUGUCGCGGUGAAGAUAUGCAAGAUUGAGGGUCUUUCUGACGAAAUGUCUGAAGACAGAAUUGCAGAAUUGAAAAUUCUUCUGCCUCAGAACAAGCGUCUGUUUGCCAAGGAAUUGCUGGACGGGGAGGAUUUUUGCAAACUCACUCUCUACAAUAUAUGAAAGGCUGUUUCAUGAGCAAAAUAGAAGCAUAUUGUACAUAUUACUGUGGUAAGUCAUAAAGGUCAUAAAAAUGAAUUUGUACAGUAAUUUUAAUGUAAAAAUGCCAAAAAUACUGGCCAAGAUUAGUUUGAUAAGACCAAUAAGACUCUAAAAGUAAGUUUGUUUUAUUGAAGACUUUUAUGCCUUUUAUGGCUUAUUUGCUUGUAAAAACUCAUGAAAAUUUGAUAAAAAAAAAAAAAUGUCCACAAGACUUCAAAAAACGUCUUUUCACAGUACAAAUCAAAAUCACAGAAAAACAGUAAAAAUUUUUCGACCAUUUCUCCAUAAUCUCAAUUAUUGGCCAUUAUUUUGAAAAGUCUUCUGUUGUUCAAUUUGUAAUAAGAAAAUUAU